CAUACAUAAUUGUACGUAUUCUUUGUGUCCGCAUUUGUGUGCGAGUGUGUGUGUGUUGUAACGUUUGUUUACUCCGACCUCCGACCGCCCCACAUUUUCUGGUGAACUUGUGCCGUUGUUUGGUGGUGCUGUUGUCCAUUGCCAUACUCGUACUUCCCCCAGAGUGUGUGGUACUGGGAAAAAAUCGAAACUCACGCACAGUGAAACUCCAACGACCCUCAGCUGGCAGCUCUCCAGACAGCUCUCAAACAGCCUGCGAUAAUAACACUCCACCAAAGUCUCCAAUGUGUUGUGCAAUUGUAUACAAUCAGUAGUACCGACUCGUGCAGCAUUUGGCAUUAAAGCUCUUGACGUGAAAUUAAAAUUCAGAGGCACAGAGCCGUAUAUGACACGCGCCGAACACAAUUACGUUCCACUGUGCAGCAAAAGCAGAGGAGAAAAUUCAUAAAACAACGGCAAACGGAAUCAUCGACGCAAAGAGAAACGACAAAAAGCCAAGAGCAAGGGGAGAGAGCGAGCUCAUUCGGUUUAUUUAAAGACUCACCUGCACCGUCCCGCACCAGAACAGAACGGUGUACACCCAAAAUAUCGUUCAGCUCGCAAUGUAAACAGUUUAAAUGAGGAUAGCACAGAGUUUUAAUAAAAUGGUUGUAAUCUAACUAAUAACCCCACGAUUCCAGAAGAGCUUCCGCCAUCAAUACCGUUUGAAAAAGCGCUCAGCACCAGCAUUGAAGGCUGAUAAUCGAGAGCAGAGACCAUCUGUCAUCAUCACGCGUUAACGAGGCACAGAAGAAACGGAAGAAACAGGAGAAGCAGCACCAGCAGCGACUCACUUACAUAAUAUUUUGGACAUUACUCAUCAUACGCCGCGUAAGCCGCAUCCAGCCAUCCAGCACUGAGAGAACCGCCGUCGAUAUGUUCGCCCGUCCGCCGCCGCACUGUGCGCCGCGCACUUGACACGCGUUAAACCCCCCACGUGGCCCGAGAGGAGUGGAGCAGUGCAGGAGAGGCACGUGCACCCACCUGCCACAGGAGCAGCAGCAGCAGCGUCAGCAUCAGAAGGAACACUAGAGCGUCAUUCAUACGCAUUCCCCUUGUUUUUCUUAUUUUUUGUUUGUUUCAUUGGCACCGAAAAGCGUUGUUUGGUUUCCCCCAACAGAAACUGUAGUUACCGUACCGCAUGAGGGUGCCAAGGCAUAAACCGUUUACUGGCAGCGACAACUGCCGCAACAGCAACAGCGACAGCACCAGCAUCAGCAUCGGGAGCAACCGCAACGUGCCACAGUUGCCAUCAGUCAUUGUUCAAUAUAUUCUCCGUUGGCCUGUGAUAAACCCCCUAACGUUCUUAAUGAAUGACAUUCGGUUCAAGUCAUUUUAUCGUGCCAGCAAAACGACAUCUGCCGCAGCAGCAGCAGGAGGAGCCACAGCGUCGAAGUCGUGCGACAAGAGCCAGAACAGCAAUCCCCGUACUUACAACAACAGCAGCAAAUCGAACAAAGUGUUUCUCCACUACAUACCCCGCGAUCCGCGCCUAAGAAUCCUCCACCGAACCGCCGCCCUCAAUAAACCCUUGAAUCGCAGUCGCUACACCCUCAGCGAGCUGAAUAUAACUGAAGAUCUGUGCAAUUAUGGUGAACUAAUCGGCGGCAGUGAUACCCGUGCUCGCAGUGUGGAAAAGGAUCUAGUGCCAGUGAAAAUCUCCGGGAAAUACUAAAGUGUAGCGUUCUGUU